AUGUAAAAGCCUUACAUCGUGAUAGUUGGUGUUUCACUCUUUUUUAUCACUCUGUUCCUCAUUAAUACAAUCCAUUAAUAUGAUGAAAUACCAUAAUAAAUCCAAGAAGCCCAAUAUAUAAAAGCAACAGAUUUGCUAGCUGUUUAAGUUCCAUUCCCUUGGGAAAUCAAAUAGCCAGAUGAAGAGCAUUUAAAAAUAUUAGAUUAAAAUGAAACUGAUAUAAUUGAAGGUUACUCUUUAAUAAAAAAUCAAAUUAGAAAAGAAAUUUACCAAUGGAAUUACCAGAGAAGAAUUAGGUCGAGCAGGAUGGACUCUUUUGCACAUGAUUUCAGCCACUCUUCCAGUUGAUUUUGAUGAAGAAUUCACAUUCAAAAUCAAUGUCUUUUUGAAUCUAUUGUAAGACAAAAAUGCUAUUUUUUCCACGUUAGUGGACAGUUCUUCCCCUGUAAAGAGUGUGCAGGACAUUUUCUGAAUAUGACUACCGUUUUGCCAUACGAAGGAACCACUAGAGUCGAUUUCAUGUAAUAUCUUUGCAUGUUGCAUAACGAAGUAAAUGAAAGAUUACAAAAAGUACAUUAAAAAUUAUAUGAUAAGCCAACCUUUAAUUGUAGUGAAAUACAUUAAAGAUGGGGUGGAGAUUGUGGUUGUAAAAGUGCAUUGGAGGAGAGCAUUAAAAAAUAUAGUAAGGGGUAAAAUUGA